GCGUCCUCAGUUGCUCGCGGUUCGCAGACAUUUUGGAGCUGGGGAGAGCAUGGAAGAGGCCUUUCUGUGCAGGCCCCAACCCCCGCGGGACGGCCUAGCCCUUUAACAGGAGCCAGCACGAGUACCGAACUGAGGACUACUGUGAUCUCUGGUGCUACGGAAGAAAGCGAGAGGGUAGUGGUCCACACCUCCCUGCUGAUUCGGUGCCGACCUUAAGUCGAGUCCAUGUUACAGUCAAGCCCGUGCGCCUUGGAACGGCAUGUUUUAUCUUUUGUAAGGUUCGGGGCCUGACGCCUGCGCAAACUGUAGAGCCCAAGCCAUGGCUUCCGAGCAUCCGGCAGCAGAGGGAGCUCAGUCGGUCCGCCAGCACCAGGAAGAGCGUCAGAAACCCAACUAUACCCUCAUAUUUACACUUGCAGGGCACUCGGCGGCUGUGUCAUCAGUUAAAUUUAGUCCUAAUGGAGAAUGGCUAGCAAGUUCUGCAGCUGAUACACUAAUUAUAAUUUGGGGAGCAUAUGAUGGGAAAUGUAAGAAGACACUCUAUGGUCACAGUAUGGAAAUAUCAGAUGUUGCCUGGUCUUCAGAUUCUAGUCGUCUCGUUUCAGCCUCAGACGAUAAGACUCUGAAGUUAUGGGAUGUGAGAUCUGGAAAAUGUUUGAAAACACUGCAGGGCCACAGUGAUUUCGUCUUCUGCUGUAAUUUCAACCCACCAUCCAACCUCAUUGUUUCAGGAUCUUUUGAUGAGAGUGUGAAAAUAUGGGAGGUGAAAACAGGAAAGUGCCUCAAGACUUUGUCUGCUCAUUCAGACCCCAUUUCUGCCGUGCAGUUUAAUUGUAAUGGGUCGUUGAUAGUGUCGGGGAGCUAUGACGGUCUUUGUAGAAUCUGGGAUGCUGCGUCAGGCCAGUGUUUAAAAACACUCGCUGAUGAAGGUAACCCUCCUGUUUCUUUCGUAAAAUUUUCUCCAAAUGGUAAAUACAUUCUCACUGCAACCUUGGACAAUACUCUUAAACUGUGGGAUUACAGCAGAGGCAGGUGUCUGAAGACAUAUACUGGUCAUAAGAAUGAGAAAUACUGUAUAUUCGCCAAUUUCUCUGUAACUGGUAGAAAGUGGGUUGUUUCUGGCUCAGAGGACAACAUGGUUUACAUCUGGAACCUUCAGACUAAAGAGAUUGUACAGAAGUUACAAGGUCACACAGAUGUUGUGAUCUCAGCAGCUUGUCACCCUACAGAAAACAUCAUUGCAUCAGCAGCAUUAGAAAACGACAAAACAAUUAAACUGUGGACGAGUGACUGCUAAA